AUGGAACUAAGCGGAAAUGGGCUUUUGGUGGCUUCUAAAAAUCAAAUAAUCAAUGACAUUACCCAAAUAUCGCCAGCCCGGGAAAUAACAAUGAACCAAUCGGAAAUGGCUAACAGCCUGAAAUUGACUGAUUUCAAAUUUUAUCUGUGUUAUUUGACAACUAUUUUGCUGUGUAUUAUCGCAAUAAUCCUUAAUUAUAAUGAUGGGGAAGUCAAUCUUAAAGAGUUCAUAUUUGGAACAUCAAUACUUUCAGCAAGUUUUUUGCUUUGCUGUAUCUCAUUUAUUAUUGAAAUGAAAUUCGGCCCAGGAUUGCUUGAUAUCCUCUUUGAAGAAAAAUAUAUGGAAAAAAUAAAAAUAAAUUAAAUUUUUUUGAGCUUUUAUUAAUAAGUAUAGAUGAUCACUGCCAAGUCUAUUAUAUUUAAUAGCAGGAACUGCUAUAAUUUUAUCUGAUCCUAAUACUUAUAGCACCAUUAUGGACGAAGAUGAUAGUAAAGGUUGUAUGCCUAGUCUCUCCGCCAUUGCUAUUAUUUUAGUUGUUUCUCAUAAAAGGAUUAAAAAUCAUAGAAACUUCGAAAUAACGAGUGGAUUACUUCUAAUUUUUGCUUUUUUCCUGAAUCUUGCAGGAAAUCAAAGCAAGAAUCUUACGAUUUUCCAGUUUUUUUCGAUUUUAAUUGUUUUUGGAUUUCUCAUUAUAAGUCUCCAAGAACCGAAAAAAGUCCAUACCCAGUAUCUUGAAAUCGCAAAAGAUAGCCAAAGUUUUAUAUCGGAAAACGAUUUAAAAACUGAUGGAAUUAUCCAUGGAGCCAAGAAACAAGCUGAUACUGUGAUAGAAGAAAUUGUAGACGCUAUAAAUUCAUCAAUAGAAUCAUUAAAGAUUAUCAGUGAAUCUAGCUCCUCAUUUUGAAGCAAGGAGCUAAUAUAUUUUUUAAAUACAAUUAAUAAUUGUUAUUAGGAGAUUCUGUAGCUGAUUCUAGAGAGCUUGUAAUAAAAUCUAAAAUUUAAUAAAUUUAAUUUUUAUAUAAUUUAAAAGCAAUUAUGACUCGAUUUUCAAGGUUUCUUUAUUUCGAAAAUUUAUCAUAAUUUAAUUUUUCAGAAGUUCUUACCUCAUACUGAUAUAUGGUUUUAAUAUAAAUUUUUAAAAAACAAAAAAUAAAUGCUUACUUUUAAAAAGGGGAAGAGUAAGGAUCCUAAGGCCAAAGAGCAAGCAAUUGCUUCGACAGGAAUUUUGAGAUCAAUUUUGGCAAGACUAAGGAGAAGUACUAAUGUUUAUUAUAUCUUUUAAACUUGAUUACAAAAAACUUCAAAUCGAUUAUUUUUAAAAUAAAUUAUUCAUUUUAAGAUGGAUAUCUAAAUAUAGAAAAUAUUACUAACUCCCUCAUGGCUCGAGAUAGUAUAAAAUAAAUUCCUAUUUUGGAGUAAGAAAUUAUUUUAAUAUAAUUGUUUUUAUAAAUAAUAUUUAAUAUUUAAAUAAUAAUCGUAAUAUUGAGACCUCCAACUAAUUAUAUUUCAUUUAUAAAUUAAAUUAAAUAAGACUUUUGAUUUCUAAUCUAUUUAAAGUGGAUGUUUAAGUAUUCAAAAAUUCUUUAUAAAAAAUUAAAACAAAUCUUAGUCAGGGGAUUAAAGGUUUAGAUGAGCAAGACAAAAUUUAUAUUGAGCAGACUUUUGUGUCAAAAAGAGGCGGAACAGUUUACAGUCUCCCCCCAAGAGAAAGAUCUCUUAUAAAAAUUGACUCAAUAUAUGGUGUAGCCGAACUUCAAGGGGUUUUAAGCCAAAUUGGUAGAGAAUGGGAUUUUAACACAUUUUUUGUGAGUGACUGCUCUGGUGAAAGACCUUUACAAACCUGUGGAUAUUACGCUAUAGUUAAAUACGGAAUAAAAGAUAUCUUUAACAUGAGCGAAAACACACUCAUAAAUUUUUUAAAAGAAUUAGAAGGCAGAUACAAUAAUAACAACCCUUAUCAUAAUUCUUGUCACGCAGCUGACGUGAUGUGCUCAUUUCUCUAUAUAGUUUUCAAUACUUUUAUUCUUGAAGAAAUCAAUAGCUUACUCAUUUUUUUAAAAAAAGUAAAAAAGCCUAUAAAUUUUCGAAAAAAAUUAUUAUAGGAAAGUUAGAACUUUUAGCAGGAAUUAUUACAUCAUUAGGCCACGAUGUCGGUCAUCCAGCUAAAAGCAAUCGUUUCCUUAUAGUAACAAUGGACGACCUCGCUAUCCAAUUUAACGACAUCAGUGUCCUCGAAAUGCAUCAUGCCUCCAUUGUAUUUAAAAUCCUAAAAGAGCAUGCUUAUGACCUAAUAAAAUCAAUAGACCCUGACAGAUGGUCAUUAGUCCGUAAAAUGAUCAUUGAAAUGAUUUUAUCGACAGAUUUAGCCAAACAUUUUGAAAUUGUUAGCCAUUUUAAGGCAAAAUAUUUGUCAAUAAAUGACCGCCAAGAUAUGAAUGAUCCUGAUUUUAGAUUUGAUAUGUUUAAAAUGACUAUAAAAGUGGCAGAUGUGGGGCAUGCAGCGAAAAAAAGAGAUUUACAUGUAAAAUGAUGUGCAUUGAUAAUUCAGGAAUAUUUUGAUCAAGGAGAUGUAGAAAAAGCGAUGGGGAUACAAGUGUCUAUGUAUUGUGAAAGGGAGACGACUGAGAUAGCGAAGACGCAGAUUGGAUUUAUUAAAAACAUUGUGGUGCCUUUGUAUCAAACUUAUAAUAUGCUAGCGUUUUGCCCUAGCAUUAAAGAAAAACUACUAGUGCAGCUUGAAGAAAACGAAAAAUUCUGAAUAUCUCAUCAUCAUCCUAACAGACGCCAAACUUCGAUAGAUGGAGCUCCGCAAGAUGAGAAUUUAGAAGAAUAUGAAAGGCUUUUUAAGAGCAUUCAGCGAGGCAGAAGAGGAAGUUUGCCAGAAAAAUAUCUUUCUUAA